AUGUGGUUUGACGGUAGCCACUUUCAAGGUUUUCAACGACUCCGACAUGCUUGUGACCAAGGCGAUGGUCUCACAGGUUAUGGAUAUCACAAGCACAAUGGAAGAUCUUUUGCACAACAAAAAUUGAAUGAUGGUCCAAGUAAUAUUGAAAUCACUACUGAAUUCAUCAAGGUGCCUGGUGGUCGAUACGGCGGUGACUGGGCUGUUCGCAUUCGUGGUCAACCUAUUCAUCCUCAUGUUCCCUCUACAACAAGUGCUUUCUUCUACUUUGGUCUCGAAGGAGCUGGUAGUAUGGAUAUCGUUAGCAAAGUUUCAUCCAAGGGACUUGCAUCACCUGUCAAACUAGAAGGGGAUACGCCUGAUUUGGGUGACUUUGAAAUCGAAAUCGUAGAUGGAACAUCAAACCAAUCUCCUCAAGAUGGUAUUGAUCAAGACUUGUCCAAGACUCAAUGGAUCGGGCUUACUGUUCCUGAAGGAAAUGUAUGGAGGGCAAAAGAUAUUAUUGCUGAACAACUUUUGACUGCCGGUCGCUCAAGAGUCCAACAAGGUGCUGAACAAGAUAUCUUCUCCAGACCUCAUGCUUAUUUCACUCUAGGAAAUCAAUUGAUAGAAGAUGAAGGUGAAGUGGCCAAUUUUUAUGCUUUUCAAAAAGUAUUUCGUGGUGAAUUUCAGUUUGAUGUCAUCUUCCGUUCUCAAGAUUCCCAUAAUAAACUCACUAGUAACUCUCUUGACCAUGAAUUGAUUGAAAAAGAACGCGAAUUUGAUGAUCGAUUUGAACAAAAGUUUCAUUUACAAGAAAAAGGUUUCAACGAGGAACAGGUGGCUUUUGGGCAAUUUUUACUCAGUAAUCUCCUUGGUGGUAUUGGUUACUUUUAUGGAUCUGCUGUGGUCGACCGAUCUCACUCUCCUAUGCAAGAUGAAGAAACUUUUGCUGGUGAAGCUGUUCAAUCUCAACUCACUGCUCCACAAUCAUUAUUCUCUGCUACUCCAAGUCGUCCCUUUUUUCCUCGUGGAUUUUAUUGGGAUGAAGGAUUCCAUCAGUUAUUAGUAGGAAAUUGGGACAAUGAUCUCAGUCUUGAGAUUAUCAAAUCAUGGGUGUCUUCUAUUGAUGAAAAUGGUUGGAUUGCUCGUGAACAGAUUCUAGGUGAUGAAGCUCGAAGCAAGGUACCUGCUGAAUUUCAAACACAAUUCCCUCAUUAUGCCAAUCCUCCCACCUUGUAUCUAGCUAUCAAACGUUAUGUGGAUCGAUUGAAGCAACAUCGACAAGCAUUCAUAUCUUCAGGAAGAAGUACCAUGUCUUCAUCUGCUUUUGAUGAUGAUCAUUUACCUUUGGUUCACCUGGAGCAUCAAGCACUAGCACAAGAUUGGCUUAGUACUGUCUAUCCAAGUCUCAGACGUAACUGGCAAUGGUUCCGACAAACACAACGUGGUCAUCUACAGUCGUUUAGUCGUUCUGCACCUAAUGAAGAAGAAGCUUACAGGUGGCGUGGACGUACUCGUGAUCAUACUUUGACUUCUGGAUUAGAUGAUUAUCCUCGUGGCGAACCUCCCAAUAUUGGUGAACUACAUGUCGAUCUCUUCUCUUGGAUGACAUUUGCUACUCAACUACUAAAAGACAUUGCUAUUUCCAUUGAUAUUGAUGGUGAACUUCAGCAUGAUAUUCAAGAAUAUGAAACUGUGGAAAAGAAUCUUUUGGCCAAUUUGGAUGCUCUUCAUUGGAGUGAUAUUGAUCAGGCUUACUGUGAUCAAACUGCAGAUGGACAAGGUCGUACAUCUCUUGUUUGUCAUAAAGGAUAUAUCACACUUUUCCCAAUGGUUCUUGGUCUAUUGCCUUCUGAUUCACCUAAACUUGGUGCCAUUUUGGACAUGAUUGAAGAUGAAGAACAAUUAUGGUCUCCUUAUGGUUUAAGAUCUCUAUCAGCUUCUGAUCCCUUUUACAAAACUGGCGAAGUCUAUUGGCGUGGUCCUAUCUGGAUGAAUCUCAAUUAUCUUACACUACAAAGUUUGCAUAAUAACUAUAUGAAUACACCGGGACCAUAUCAAGAACGCAGCAAGAUAAUUUAUACAAAUUUACGAAACAAUUUGAUUUCUACUGUAUUCAAUGAUUAUCAAAAAACCGGUUAUGUUUGGGAACAAUAUUCGGAUGACACUGGUGAAGGUUUGAGAAGUCAUCCAUUUACUGGCUGGACAAGUCUUAUUUUACUUAUGAUGGCUGAAAUCUAUUAG